AUGGAGCAGCGAAUGGAGGAGAUGCAACAUAAGCAUGAGGAAGAGAUGGCGACGGUUAGGGCCGAUUGUAUGGCCCAGAUAGCCAAGGCCAAGAGUGGAGGAGUCGGAGGUGAAGAAGGUAAUAACGAGGACAGACAAGAUCGUACGAUGAUGGGGGUGUUGGAGGAGGAAAAGGCAAAGCAUAGUAGUGCCCGGACGGACGGAAAAGGGAAAAAAGGUAAGGAGGAUAAGGGGGACAAGGGGGACAGUCACAUGUUGGUGAAGGUAGAAGGGCCUACGGUCCCGGUGCCCUUCAUCAGGGAAAUUAUGGAAGUACAUAUUUCGGAACAAUUCGUUCCCCCUCAGUUUAAGAUGUAUGACGGAUCGACAAACCCUUCCGCCUACGUCAAAUCUUUCAUCAACGCUAUGACAUUCCGAACAGGCUGCGACGCCAUCUGGUGUCGAGCUUUCUCUUUAUCUCUAGAAGGAGAAGCUUUGGAUUGGUUCAAUACACUCCCCAGCAAUUCCAUCGCGAAUUUCAAAAGUCUGGGCGAGAUAUUCAAGAAACAGUUUGUUGCUUGUAACAUGGAGGAAGUGACGGUCGUGGAUUUAAUGAACUUGAAACAAGGAAAGGAGGAAUCUCUGAAAUCUUUCAUGGAUUGGUAUCAGAAAACGGUUCGGAAGGUCAAAGGCCUCAGCUUGGAAUUGGCCUUGCAAUAUGUAAUGCCCGCUUUGAGACCGGGGCCCUUUAAGGACAGCAUAUGCCGGAACCCACCUCAAACCAUGGAGGAGUUGCGGCAACGGGCAGCGGAUGAAGCACGGGUGGAAAACAUGAAGCAGAAUUACCGAAGAGAACAACAGGAGGCCAAGGCAGAUAAGAAUGACAGCAGAAAGGCCGAAGGUCAAGGAAAUAGACCGCUAGGACCGAGAUUGAGGGAAGGGCCAAGAGGCCCGAGGUUCCCACAAUAUACCCCCCUCAAUGCUCCCCGAGCCCGAAUACUCCAGGAAGCAUUGAGUACCCAGAUUUUACCGGCCCCUGCUAAACGUCCGACUCCAUCGGGUGCGGAUAUGAGCAAGCGUUGCAUGUACCAUCAGAACUCCGGGCACGAUACCGAAGAUUGCGUAACUCUGAAAGAUAAGAUAGAAGAGUUGAUUCAUAUGGGGCGAUUGCAGCAAUAUGUGAAGAGAGAGGACGUCCGGGAGUGA